AUGACUGCUCUUACAAAAUCUAUGUGUUGGGAACUUCACACAAUCCAGAAGGAUAAAUUGAAUUCUGUUGGUGCCGCCAUGUACCGAAAGCCUAUGUCAAAUGACUGUUAUGAGAAGAGAGAGCAUCAAACCCCUCCCAUGUGCAAAGAAAACGAUGAUCCAAAUGCAGCAUGGUAUGUCCCUCUGCAGCCGUGCAUGCAUCGAGUGCCUGUUGAUCCAUCAGAGCGUGGUUCACAAUGGCCGCAAGAAUGGCCUCGCCGGGUGCAUGUGCCUCCUUACUGGAUGAACAGCUCUCAGAUGGGAGUCUAUGGCAGACCAGCUCCUGAUGAUUUCACAAGAGAUUACCAACACUGGAAACGUGUUGUCAACAAGUCUUAUCUCAAUGGUUUUGGUAUUGACUGGUCCAGAGUCAGAAAUGUGAUGGACAUGAGAGCUGUCUAUGGAGGGUUUGCUGCUGCACUCAAAGAUAUGAAAGUGUGGGUCAUGAAUUUGGUGAACAUUGAUUCACCAGAUACACUGCCAAUUAUCUAUGAGCGUGGCCUCUUUGGUAUGUACCAUGACUGGUGUGAAUCUUUCAGUACCUAUCCAAGAACCUACGACCUCCUGCACGCCGAUCGUUUGUUCUCUCAAGUGAAGAAAAGAUGCAAGAUUUUACCAAUGGUAGUAGAGGUUGAUAGGAUAGCAAGACCCGGAGGCAAGCUGAUAGUUCGUGAUGAAUCUGGGGUUGUAAGCGAAGUGGAGAAUAUACUCAAGUCUUUGCACUGGGAUAUCCGCCUAACCUAUUCUAGAAACCAAGAAGGGAUCCUUUGCGCCGAGAAAUCAGAUUGGCGGCCUCAAAAGUUGUCAUCUUCAGCUUAGAGAAAGAGGUGUUUCGUGAUUGAGUUUGUCAAUUUUACAUAUAUUUUCAGAACCUUUACCAGUUAAAAUUUUGCAAGGAUAAGAGUAUAAUCAUUCUAAUGAAGAAUUCUGAUUUCUCUCCGCUUGUGUUUACUCAUUUUGUCUACAGACUACAGUGUAUCUUU